GCUCAAACAAACAGACUGACUACACAACGUUGUAAUUCAGAUGUGCUGGACCUUUGAUGUGGCUGUAUUGCUCACCGAUUUUACAUCAGUUUUGACAACUUCCCCUUUUAUACCGUCAAUGGACGCGCUCGUACGUUAGAAGUUUGUUUCCUUCUUCCCACGCUGUGAAAGAUGAAAGGUGUCCCAGAUGACCUCAGCGUGAUGGGAAUAAACACGCUGCAGUUUAAACCACAGUUUAGUUCCAGUGUUUGUAUUCCUGAUUUUCUAGAUCCCCACUGCUCCCCUGGUUAAGACUUUGACACUUCAUUAUUAACCAACACACCCCCAUGCUGUAAACAUUGAAGGGGGGGUGUUUGGUUUUCAUCUCAACAAUAAACUGUUGAGACAUUAUCGACACCCGGCAAGGUAAACAGGAGGAGACUCAUGAAGUAUUGGGCCCGCCACUUCUAUGAUUCAGCAUCUUUGGUCUGGUGGCUUCACAACAGCUGACAGAAAAACCUGAAUAGAAGCAACAGUUGUUCCCCAGUUUGUCCUGGGGAAAGCUGCAAAUAUGGACUACUUUGGAAUUCAACUAGUCAUCAACAACCUUUAGGAUUUGUCAACUAGAUGCCAUGUGACCUGCACAGGAUGACAAACACCGCAACACGUCUGACUGUAAUGUUCCGCACACCUGCUCCGAUGGACCGCAGAUAACACCAGCUGCUGACUGCCUGGACCGAGCUCUUCAACGUUCGCCGCGAUGGAAGAUCCCACCGAGAUGAGCUCCGAGGUGGCGGGAGCCGGCGUCGCUGACCUGGACCCUUGCAGCGUGGUGAUAGACAGGAACUAUGAGAUCAUCCCGACCGUCAUCUGCUCCAUGUGCUGCCUAUUCGGAAUCAUCUACUGCUUCUUCGGUUACCGGUGCUUCAAGGCCGUCAUGUUCCUGUCCGGCUUGAUGUUCGGCUCCGUCAUUAUUUUCCUGCUGUGCCACAAGGAGCAUGUCCUGGACACGCAGCUGAGUGUGGAGGCCAGCGCCGGGAUCGGCCUGGGGAUCGGCCUGCUCUGCGGCCUGGUUACUAUGCUGGUGCGAAGCGUUGGCCUCUUCAUGACUGGCCUCCUGCUGGGCCUCCUCUUGGCUCUCGCCGCCCUGCUGGCCAUGCACCAGUUCUACACGCCCACCACCGUCUGGGUGCCGCUCGGUGCUCUUUUAGGCUCCGGCAUGCUGUUUGCUGUGCUGACCCUGCAGUGGCAGAAGCUCUUCACCAUGAUAUCCACGGCGGUGUUCGGGGCGGCCAUCAUGACCGUGUGUGCCGACUACUUUGUGGAGAUGCUGGCCCUGGCCACGUAUGUCUACGAAUGCUUGCGCCUCUCCCCACAAACAUCGCUCUGCUGGUACAGCUGGGUGAUCAUGGGCAUCUGGCCCUUGCUCAGCCUGAUCGGAGUUCUGGUGCAGUGGAAGCUGACGGAUAACAGUUUCUCGCACACCGACGUCGUCCUCAGCCGCAGACAGAAGCGGGUCCAGCUGAGGAGGAUCCGGGAGAAGGAAGCAAAGCUGCGACAGCAGGCAGGUGGGCAGGAUGGCUCUUACCGCCGUAAACCCACCCCAGUCAAACGUUAUGCUGGGGAUCUACUGGCACCGAGCUACCUGCAAAGUCUGCGAGACAGACAGAUGGGCACCGGUACUUCCCUUAGCAGUCAGGAGACCAGCAAUCACACCAUGAUCGACUUGGACUACGAGACCGGGUCCACGGUUCCUCUCACCGCCACAACCCCAGUGGUGCGGGUCUGAGUCCCGCUGGUUCUUAACACCGUUUACAGCGAAAUGCUCACAGGGCUUCCCUCAUUCCUGAGCGCAGAGGAAGGGGAGAAACCGGACGCUCUCGCCCUGCUUUCUUCAAGAGAAAGAGAAGCUGGCGAUCACGACAACCACUUUUGUUUUUAUGAAGAUACUAACUCUGAAAUGGUCCUGAAUUUCCUCUUAACAGCAAGUAUGAGCCUCAAAUGCAGAAGCAGUUCUGAACUUAAUGUACUGUGCAUCGGAGUGUAGCCAUGUUGCACUCAGUGUUGUGUCUUACCCUUCUAACCGCUAGUGGUCAAAGUAUUUGUGAAAGUUGAUCAUUGUGUGUUUUAGCAGAAUGUUUAUGGUGCCUGGAUGAUGGACUUCCAAUGACUGCUCCAACUGAGGCUUUUGAAAAUCCACUUUAUACUGAGGUGUGUUCAAGUGUCUGAGUCAGCUUUGAUAAUUUAUUGUACACAGUAAGUACGCGGUAGCGAUUUAAAAACUGCAUGUUUCAUUUGUAGGUUUUUGCCAAAUCAUUUCUGUUUUUGUUUGGGAGGUGCCGCGUGACCCAAGUCUGUACAUACCUGUCGAUAGAUGUGAGAUGAAAAUAAAGGGU